AUAAAAAGUGGCGGGGAGGGCGGGAGCAGAGCUGGGCACUCGAGGGGCGCGGGGCGACAGGACGAUGGCCAUGGCCGUGGCUGUGCUGCGGUGAGAGGCACCCAGGGGAUCAUGAAGGCCAAUGGCAGCGCUCUGCUCAAUGCCUCACAGCAGGCACCAGGCGGCGGGGAGAGUGAGCAGCCGCGGCCGUCGUGGCUGGCCUCCACACUGGCCUUCAUCCUCAUCUUCACCAUCGUGGUGGACAUCCUGGGCAACCUGCUGGUCAUCCUGUCUGUGUAUCGCAACAAGAAGCUUAGGAAUGCAGGAAAUAUGUUUGUGGUGAGCUUAGCUGUUGCAGACCUCGUGGUGGCUAUUUACCCAUAUCCCUUGGUGCUGACAUCCAUAUUUAACAAUGGCUGGAAUCUGGGAUCUCUGCACUGUCAAAUCAGUGCGUUUCUGAUGGGGUUGAGUGUCAUCGGCUCGAUAUUCAACAUCACCGGGAUCGCCAUUAACCGCUACUGCUACAUUUGCCACAGUCUCAAGUACGACAAAUUCUACAGUAACAAGAACUCCCUCUGCUACGUGUUCCUGAUAUGGGUGCUGACGCUCGUAGCCAUCAUGCCCAACCUGCAAACCGGAACUCUCCAGUACGAUCCCCGGAUCUACUCCUGUACCUUCACCCAGUCUGUCAGCUCGGUGUACACGAUAGCGGUGGUGGUUUUCCAUUUCAUCGUGCCCAUGAUUGUCGUCAUCUUCUGCUACUUACGCAUCUGGAUCCUGGUUCUUCAGGUCAGACGGAGGGUGAAACCUGACAACAAGCCCAAACUGAAGCCACAGGACUUCAGGAACUUCGUCACCAUGUUCGUCGUGUUCGUGCUCUUUGCCAUUUGCUGGGCUCCACUCAACUUCAUAGGGCUCAUUGUGGCCUCAGACCCUGCCACCAUGGUCCCCAGAAUCCCAGAGUGGCUCUUCGUGGCUAGUUACUACAUGGCAUAUUUCAACAGCUGCCUCAAUGCGAUUAUAUAUGGACUACUGAACCAGAAUUUCAGAAAGGAAUACAAAAGAAUUAUCGUCUCCCUGUGCACAGGCAAGAUGUUCUUCGUGGACAGCUCAAACGAUGAGGCAGAUAAGAUUAAAUGUAAGCCCGCUCCCCUAAUAGCCAAGAACAACUUAAUAAAAGUGGACUCUGUUUAAAAAAGCCAGUGGUGCUAGCAAAUUACCCGCACUGGUUGGGGUCUUACCGCUUUCUGCAUCGGCUUUCUCUUGCCUAGAAAUCAGCAUAGUCCAACUUGAAGCUCUUUAGGGUUGCCUCUGUGUUGCCGGAACUGAGCCACUGUGUGCUUUAUAACCAGAUCUCUAGUUCUGUCUAUGAAGGGGAAUACUGAACAUGUACAGCCUCUUGUUAAAUGAACCAGUGGAGGAGGUUGAAGUACAGUGUGAAAUGAAUUCAAGACAAGAGAGACUUGUGGGAACCUUUCUUUUAUUGGAAUCAUGCGACACAAGUGUAGUACAGGCAUUCCUCCUUACCUAUGAUUGAACUGAAAUAUUCACAAAAACUUCACCUGUGUCGAAUAUGGACACAUUUCUUUUUCAUGUCAUUAUCCCCUAAACAAUACAGUAUAGCCUUUACAAUAUACUGAGUGUUACAUGUAACCCAGCAAUGAUUUAAAGUAUUGUAUGUGUAAGGGACAUGGGUCAGUUCUAUACAAAUACUGCCUCGGUUUUCUCUAACUUAUCUGAGCAUCUUCAGGUUUCCAUGUGCUUGGUGUUGGGGAUCCUGGAAGUAGUCACAGUAGGACAACGAUCAUUUUUUUUUCUCCUCACAUCUUCAGAAAGAUCCCUCGCAGAGAAAGGGUUAGUUUGUUUUAUUUGUAAAUGAGCGAGGGGCACACAAAGAGAAAGUGAGAGGAAAGACUCUUAUUAAAGAGUGGAAAGCUGAAAACGAAUCUACAAGUGAGUCCAUGGCAAUAACAACCACCAUAGUCACGAGCACACACCAUUCGGUGGGCAGUUUCACAAAACUGGGCAUCUCUACCUAUAAUCCAAAUAUUGUCCACCCUGCACCAUGCCGCAGGGGCCAGCAGACCAAGAACUGCUCUACCAUAAAGAUUUUUAUUCAGAUGUCGUUAUUGUGAUGUUUGAAGGCACUAGCUAAGUGCAAAGCUUUGUUCAACUUUAUUAGGCAUUUGACCUAGGGUUUUGUCACUGCUUUGGAUUUCUGUUGACUGGCUGGAUUAUCUACAUAGUUCAUUGAAAAAUGAAGGGUUCAGGAGAACUUGGGCACAGUACAGCCAGUGCUCUAGGUUGAUGAUCUGAUUGCAUAAGUAAGUAAUUGACACCCAAUAGCUCUCACUUGACAGAAAGUGCAGAACCAAGACUCUUCAGUCGUUCACUCCCAUAUUUGUUUGUCUUAGAGUGAAAACCAAACAAAAACAAACCACGCCUGACAGAGCUCUGGUGUGAUAAGUGCUGCCUAUUCUUUAUCCCAGAUGUCUGCUAGGAACUACUGUGGUGUUACAGACAAUGCUUUGCUACAAAUUGCAGGUAUGUUUUCCUUCGUUUUAAAGACCUAUAACAAAAACUGUUACAUAAAGCAUAAGUUGAUGGCUGUGAACACACACACACACAUACACACACACACACACACACACACACACACACACACACACAGGCACGCACGUACGCAUGCACGCACGCACACAGGCACGCAAGGAGUAAAUUAUAUUUUGAUAAAUUUGCUGCUAUCUGUCUAUCUACAUAGAAUUUCUCUGGGAAAGUUAGAGAUUAUAGUGUAAGACUCUUCUGAUGGGGCUUUUCCUCAGGCAAGUUUAAGAACUAAUCUAAUAAUGUUGGAGGCAGUUGUUGUUGGGGGUAAACGUACCCAUGAUCUUUUAAAAACCUUUAACAGAUUAUUUUCAAUUAUGUGCAUGUGUGUGCACAUGAGUGCAGGUGCCCUAGAAGGACAGGGACACUGGAUCCCAUUGAAACGGAAGACAUGGUUGAAAGUCCUGUGGCCUGGUGCUGGAAACCAAACAAGACUUCACUGCAAGAAAAAUGCAUGCUCUUCGCUGCCAAGGUGUGUCUCCAGCAGCUAGCUAUAAGCACAAGUUUUAGCUUCAAAAUGUUACCUAAUUGUUUUAUGUCCAAAAUUUCUACUUCUUAUCCAAAUAUAAUUUAAAUGGUCAAAAUAAUAUGUAACAUAAUAUCAGGACAUACCACAAAGUCUACAUGAACACCAUGCUCUGAACAAUUGAGCUAACUGGCAGCUCUAUAGACUUCAUUGUCAUAUAAAAGAACACCGUCAUUUGCUCAGAAAUGACUUAACAGAUAUGACAGAUUGAGGGGAAUAAUUUCAUUUUUCCCAAUUGCAUAUUGUGUUACUAAAUAUGUACAAGUGUGUAUGUGCAUAAAUAAUUUACAUGUUUAAGCAAUGCAUUUCCCCCCAAUAUAUCUUCAGAUUUUUACAUAUUCUUGGCAGAUUUUGGAUAGGGUAAUCAAUCUUAAAUAUUAAAUUCAUAAUUGCCUAUUGAAUAAGCACACUCACUCUGAAUGUCAUAAUAAAUAAUAGUUUUGAUUAUUUUUUGGACUACCUCUGAUGCUGUCACCAAAUAUUCCACCGUGAACAAGCAGACCCAUUUGGAAUGUAGUAGAUACAUUUUCAGUCCGUUUAAAACAUCCAGUUAUUAUGUAUUAUGAGUUUCCUGAGCAUAAUAAUCGUGUGUGUGUGUGUGUGUGUGUGUGUGUGUGUGUGUGUGUGUGUGUGAUGUGUGUUUGUAUUACUGAGGAUUAAACCCAGGGCCUUUCAAAUUUUAGGCAAACACAGAAUAGCUAUGUUCCCAGCUCCCCCCUUUCCUUGUUAUUUUGACAGGGUCUCACUAAACUGCCCAGACUGGACUUGAACCUAUUAUGCAACCCAUGCAGGCUUUGAACUUGUGGAUCCUUCAGAGUUAGCCUCCAGGGUAUCUGGAGUUACAGGCCAGCACCACCACUGUUUAGCCAUAUAAUCUCCAAGCAACUUUUUCCUUAAAAAAAUAAAAAGCUCACAAAAUUUCUUCUUCUAUUGUACUUUUACUUUCUUUGACUUUUGUGUUUGAGAACAAAGCAGCUCCAAUUGUAAACGAUUCCUGCACAGUGGAAUCGCUGUGCUCUCUGCAGGUCUUGGCUAUUGGUCAUAGACGUUUGAAAAUCUGUGACUGUGUGUUCCUAAAGACUUACAGGAUAAAUGCAAGUGGAUUUAUUUGUCAUCAAUGUUUACAUUAACAAUAAAUGAGAGCUUAUUUUAUCAAAGAACAAAAGAUGAAUGGUAAACCAACUUUUGGUAUGUUUGUAUGCAUAUAUAUAUAUAUAUAUAUAUAUAUAUAUAUAUAUAUAUAUAUAUGCUCAUAGUAUGUGUAUCACCCAGUUAACUGCUUUUGUGUAAUUUGUAAUGUUGGUAAUGUUGGAUAUGAAUGGUUUUUACAGCUUUGAAGAGUCAAGGAUUAUGUGGAUGCUAGGCUAUAUUGUUAAUGAUAAAAUAAUGGCAUAUUUCUAGGAAAUGAUACCUUUAUUCUGAGGACACCUUUUUGUAUACUCAGUUCAGGAAAUCUAUGAAUAAAAUAUUCAUUAAAAACCAAUUCAUCACUAUUGCUUUAGACAUCAGACACUGGCCAUGUCUUUUCUUGUGUCAAUCUGGUGCUCCAGUUUCUGAUAGAACUCACUUUUCAGUGUUUGGUAUAAUGAUAUCUAAUCUAGUAACAUGAAGUGAAGAAACUGUCUUGAAUAAAACAAAUUAGAGGUGCCUUUCAUUUCUGUGAUGAUGGUCAACAAACCCCUAAACACUCUUGAGAUUUGGUGCACCAAGGGACAAAUGCCAGAUGAGCUUCAGUGCUUACGAUGCAGGAGUAAGAAUCAGGUCAAUGAGUAUAUUCUUAUCGUAGGGAAUAACUAGUAAAGUUUUUUUCAUUACUCUGUGGCCAUUGAGCUAUAGGGUUCAUGUUUACUUCAAUAAUGUUUAGAUAAUUUAGAGUAGCUCAACACACAAUGUUAAUCUGAGUUCUGUUAUUAUUUAGUUCUUAUCAAUCUUUUCUUAUGGUCUGUAUACAUUUGAACAAAACCUUAAGUCCUUUAGUGCUAAAUUCAUAUUUCUGAAAAUACGCCCAUUAUCUAAUUGCAUGUUUUUACUUAUGCAUGUACCCCGUGGCUGCCAAGGGUGAAUUACAGUGCAAUC